AUGCUUUCGACUCUCGAUCGAUUAGCCUUUGAGGAACGACUCAAUGCUGAUGGAGGGAAGGACGUUUAUGAGAAUAUCGUUCAUAAUGCUCGUGAUGUGUUGCGUAAAGGCAUGGAUAGUGCUCUGUUAUGGCAGAGUCGACCUCAGCAAUGCCAUGAAAUCGGUCAUUCUAAAGCAACUUUUACUUUGGCUAAGUUCGUUGGUGCGAGUUCUGAAGAAAUCAGUUCGAUCACUGAACGAUUGAACAAUCAAAGAGUAAUUGAUAACAAAUGGAGUGUGGAAGAUGAACAUCUCGAAGAUGCUCAGCCCAAAACAUCUGGAAUAAAAGGAGUACCCAGUUUAAAGAAACAGAGCCCACAUCAGGUGAUGAAUACAAAAACAAAUAAGAUGAAACGUAAACGACCCGAGGCACCACCAGUGCUACGUAUUGAUUCCGCUAGUUUUGGAUCGUUCUUCAAAAAACCGACGAAGUUGAGUGCUGACAGUUUUGUGAAUCGAUUAGAUGAGGCAUCGAGUUAUUCCAUACGACAAAAACAAAUGCUCAGUGUCAUCGACAAGUUAAGAGAUCUCAUACGGAUGUGA